AUGCAAUAGCAAAAGUGUUAUAUACUUCCUGGAUUUCUUAAAGCAGUGUUACUUAACGGAGAUCAGCCAAUCUAUAUAUUUAUCUUAAAUCAAAUAUAAGACAUGAAAGAAGUUAGUUUAAUGAUGACUUAGUAUUUAUCGACAAUCAAUGCCUUUCAUCCAUAUACUUGGGUUAUUUGUAACUAAUAGCCAUUGCCAUUAGAAAUUAAUGAAGUAAAAUAAAUUCUGAGUACAUUCUGCAAGUAUCAUUUUUAGUUUAUUGAGAGAAAUAUUCCCUUACAAUAAUUUUAGAGAAUAGAAAAAUUAAUUGUUAUAAGCGAUAAAAUCUAAAUUACAUAAUUAGUUAAUGUGAUACCAAGAGUGUGGCAAUCAUGUUUAACUAAUAAAGUUCAUCUGAUUUUGAGGUAUCAAGAUGUAAUAUGUAGAUUAAAUCAAAUAAUUACUCAUAAUAUUGAUCUAACAUAAAAUUAGGUGGAGUUUUUAUCUAGGAUAAAUAGUAGGUAUUAAGAAGAAGCUCCUUUUUAUGGUAAAGAUAUAUCAGAGUACCCAAGAGCAAACACAGGAGUACCAGAGUGUUUAGAAGUAAUCUUACAAUAUUAUGAGAGACAUGAUGAUUAUCUCAGAAAAUAAGGUGUAUUUAGGAUUUCUGGAUCAGUUUAAUAGGAAUAGAGAUUAAUUUAAUAGUUUAAAGUCAGAAAUUAUUCGGUUAUUGAGGAUUAUGAUCCUGAUGUUGUAUCAACUGUAUUUAAGAAUCUACUAAGCUAAUUAAAAAAACCAAUAUUUCCAUUUGAAAUGUAUGACAUUCUUAAGGAAACUUAAACUAAUACCAGUGUAGAGAAGUUAUUAGAGAUGUUUUAAGUAUUUUUCGCUUAUAUGCCAGAAGUCAAUCGUAAAACUACCAAAAGAAUUGCUGAAUUGUUGUAUCAUGUAGCAGAUUAUGAAUCAGAGAAUUUGAUGGGACUUCGUAAUUUAUCAAUUGUAUUUGCCCCAUGUUUCUUAAGACCAGAAAAGACAGAUAUUUCUGAUUUCCUGGGUGCAACAACUGUUGCUCAUCAUUUUAAUUUACUAGUCUAGAAUGUUGAGUUUUUCUUAUAAGAACUUAGAGCAAAUCGAAAUUCGGCACCUUUAUAGGUUUAACGUUUAACUUGA